AUGGCAACGCCUCAUCGCAAACAGCUCUCGUGCGAUCUCAUCAUUCGGGAUGCGGAUGAGGCUACCUUGAGACUUAUCUCGGCAUCUCCCGACUUUGUCAUUAAUCUCAACAACAAAGGACUGCGCUUGUCUUUCCUCCGAGACCCAAACCGCGAAACCUUCAGCUGGUACAGCGCGGAUCUCACCAUGACUGAGUCGGUGUUGUAUCACAUCACAAUCGAGUUCCCACCGCGUGGUUUCACCCUCACUUUCCACGACCUCACAUCCGACGAAAAGUCCGCCCUCAGCAACCACCUCCCUGAGGACGCAAGCGGAUACAAGAUCAUCGACAUAAACUGCAAAGCAAGCACCACAGUCACUGGCUUUGGCCUCCCAUUUCAUGGAGCAAACGAGGCUGUCGACAACUGGGUCAACAAACACGCUCCGAUCGCCGGAGUCACCUCUUUACCAGAUAUUCUCCAGAGACAAACUUUCACCCUCCUCAUUGAAGCCACCAGCGUUGAGAUCACGCGCGCCGCCAGCACCAUCAAUUCCCAACUCAUCCCCCGCGACUAUGGAUAUGGCGAGCAGCACUGGUGGGACAUGGACCGAUACAUCAAACAGAUCCCUGCCAAUAGAGGCAAGGCCUUUCCCCCAACCGUGCACUUCAAGAAUGAGAAUGAGCGCGACACUGCCCUUACGCAGACUCAUGUUCAGGAUGAGCCUGAGCAUUGGCGCGCCGCCCAUCGCGCUCUUCGGGGAGAUCUGAACAAGGUCAGGGUCAGGUUCACCUUGAAGGAGCGCGACGAGAAGAAGCGCAAGAAUGGGUUAGUCGUUUGGGAAGCGGUUCCUUUGACUUUCGCGACCUGUGAUGAAUUAAAUGGCGUUGAGAUUCGAAAUCGUAUCGCCCUUGGUCUCACUCGGCCAUCCGCAGGCCCGGGUCACGACUUUAUACCCAUCGCGUAUGACGACUAUGAGACAGCGAAAGAAUCUCGACGAGAAAAUCUACAGCUUCGCUUGGAGUCUGGCCUUCAUGGCGACACCCAGCGCGUCAACGGCAUCUUCAGUCUCAGCAACGGACCUGUCUUCCCCACUGUCAUGAAGAAUGAUCCUCUCGCUAUUCUCAAGAGACUUGUAUUCAACGAAGUCUUGAUCGGGAAAGGCCUUUGGGAGCUUGAGAAGGAUGGAGUGAAGACCAACCUACCUCAGUUUGAUCUCCUCCGCGAUGUGCCCCCGAAUAUUCGCGACGCAUGCCUCGAGAACGUCUUUGAAGAUGAUAGAGAACGAGUUCAGAAGUACUUUGGCAAACUUCAUCUUGGCCUCGGGUUAGUCUCAGGUCCUCCCGGUACCGGAAAAUCUCAUCUCGCUUCAGCCAUCGUGGUUCUCAUGUGUCACAAUCACUCCCUUCGCCAAGUCUAUGUCAGUGCGGCUUCCAACGGCGCCACGGACAACAUCCUUGAACGGAUUCAUGAUAUCGCCACCAAGACGACCACCAAUCUCAUCGACCGCGGUGUCGACGUCAACCAUCUGAUGUUGGUUCGUGGGUAUAGCCUCAAUACAGAGACCGAGAAUUGCAACAAAGUCUUGUUCGGGAAGCCUCUCCCGGAACACGGUAUCUGGAACCCGUCGCCGUGGAAGUUUGAGUACUCGCUUUGCUGGUGGACCUUGCGGGUUUUGGGUUCAGCCGCCGUACCCCCUCUGACCCUGAACGACAACGCCGAACUGUUGGACCUUCACGAGAGACUCAGCGCACUCACCUCCGAUUCCGCAUCUGAUGCGAGCCUUUCCAAGUUCCGCUCCUUGGUAAAGAUUGCUCAGGGAGUUACCUCCGUUGCUCAGUACCAGUCCAAAGAGAAGCAAGACAACCAUGCGAAACUUGUUCGCCAGCUCAUGCAACUUGUUCUCGGAUGUGCCAAUGUUGUCGCAACUACGCCUGUGGCAUCCACCUGCUGGAUAUACAGGACUUUCAACGAUCAAGCCAAGGCUGUUGUUUUUGAUGAAGCAGCCACGCUCUUUUGUUCAGACGGCCUACUGGUGUAUGGCAAUACGCCUCGACCCAUGAUUGCCAUCGGCGACCCCAUGCAACUCGCCCCAGUGCUGUCUACCGCGUUCGAGUUGCUGCAAAUCCGCCGUAAAAAGCGUUCGUGGGAAACUUGGAGUGACCACCACGCGAUUCGGGGCUGGCCCACCAAUCGAUUCGCGGGAUUCGGACAAGUCUCCUGGCUUUCGUGGUUCAUCCACCUCGGCUGGCCAGUCUUUCAUCUCUACACCCAGCAUCGCAUGGCGAAAGAUCUCUUCGACCUUUCAUUGGACACCGUGUACACCAGUCUCAAACCGCAUUUCAAGUACAGCCCCAUGUGUCGCAUCACAAACUUCCCCAUUGGUGUUGAUGUGGAGGAGUACCUUGAGCAGAAGUACAAGAUCCCCGCCCCUGCCGCCAACACCCUUGCGCCCGUCUUCUUUGAUUGUCGGAACUGCCCAAUCCGGAAAUAUCCCGACAAUGAGUCCCGCCUCAAUCCCCGACAGGCGGACCUCAUCGCAGACCUUCUUGUCGACAUGAUCCGGGAGCUGAAGCUAUCUCCAGCCGAUAUCGCCGUCCUCACACCGUACCGGGCAAACUUUCGAAGUAUCGGGAAACGAUUCAAGAAGGGACCUGAGCUACAAGGCGUUGCUUGCUCGACUUUCGACACGUUCCAAGGCCGUGAGGCCCAGAUCGUGGUCCUUGCUCUAUGCGUGACCCGGAAAAGCGGCCCAUUGUUUGUGGGCAAUCCCCGGAGUCUCAACGUUGCUUUGACCCGACAGCGGUCGAGCCUGCUCAUCUUUGGCGACAUGGGGGUGCUUGACUUUAAAGCGAAAGAAACUUCCACCGACUUUAUCGGCUCGGAUUCCGGACAGAGGUUUAAUGUCCGAAUGUUUGACGAUGUACUCAAAACUCUUCGCCGCAGCCGACGAGUCGUUCAGCUUGAGGGGAAACGUGGGAUUGAUCACGAUGGGUAUUGGGAGGGUAUGGAGAGGAAGAAGUGA